GUCUGGCGAGUUGAGGUGUGAGGAGGUGACGCCCUCUGCAGAGUGGAAACAGCACACCGGUGUUUCUGUGUGUCGCUGCUGGCGCUAUCUCUGAAAUGGACUCUUUCCUCAGACCUGCUCAGGUCACCUACAGGCGCUGGAGGAAUCCUGAACUAAGGUGUGAGGCGGAUUUCGUGGCCGACAGUGAUGAGUCCCAGGGAACAGAGAACGAGAUCUGCACAGUGACCUCAGCCUCCAGAGAGUCUGCUCCCAGCACUGCGUCUGAUCAUCACACUGAAGAAACCUUUACAGUGGAAGAGGCACUGGACGCUGUCGGUUUUGGGCCGUUCCAGUGGAAAUUGUCGCUCCUCACCGGACUCUCAUGGAUAGGAGACGCCAUGGAGAUGAUGAUCCUCAGCAUCUUGGGACCACAGCUGCACUGUGAGUGGAGGCUGCCCAGCUAUAAGAUGGCUCUGCUCACAUCGGUGGUGUUUGUCGGGAUGGGGAUCAGUUCACCUCUCUGGGGGAAUUUGUCCGACAAGAAGGGCAGGAAAAUUGGUCUGGUGCUCUGCAUGUGCUUCACUCUGUACUACGGCCUGUUGAGCGCCUUCGCUCCGAUGUAUGGCUGGCUCUUGGUCUUGCGGGGCCUCGUAGGCUUCGGCAUCGGUGGAGCUCCUCAGGCGGUGACAUUCUACUCAGAAUUCCUCCCGGCGAAGAAGAGAGGCACCUGCAUCAUGCUGAUUGCGAUGUUCUGGGCAAUCGGUGCUGUGUUCGAGGUCCUCCUGGCCCUGUUGAUAAUGCCCACCCUCGGGUGGAGGUGGCUGCUCGGCCUGUCCACGUUACCAGUGGCAGUCUUCAUUUGCUUUUGCUAUUGGCUGCCGGAAAGUCCUCGUUUUGACGUUUCCAUGGGAAGAAGUGAUAAAGCCUUGGUAACUUUAAUGUCCAUCGCCAAACAGAACGGCAAGGCCAUGCCUCGGGGGAAGAUGGCUGCUUAUAAACAGAAUAACCUUGGACGGAUCAAAGAUCUCUUCGCUCCUCAGUACUGGAAGACGACUCUUCUCCUGUGGUUCAUAUGGUUUUCAAAUGCCUUCGCCUACUACGGCAUAGUCCUGUUGACAACUGAGAUGUUCCAGGCUGGAGAUUCGUGUGGAGCGACGCAAGGGGCCAAGAUCGAGCCCAGCUGUAGUCUGGAAUGCAAAUAUUUGACAUCGGCCGAUUACAAAGACCUUUUAUGGACGACGUUGGCUGAAUUCCCAGGUCUCGUGCUUGCCCUCCUGGCAGUUGAGUUUAUUGGCAGGAAGAAGAGCAUGGCUCUGUGUUUCUUCAUAUUUUCCUUGUCCAUUCUGCCUUUAUUCGCUUGUAUCGGGAGGACGGCUCUGACAAUCUUCAUCUUCCUCGCCAGAGCCUUCAUCUCUGGAGGAUACCAAAUUGUUUUUGUUUACACACCAGAAGUGUUUCCUACAGAAAUCCGAGCCUUAGCAAUGGGGGCUUGCAGUUCGAUAGCCAGGCUGGGUGCUCUCCUCACCCCCUUUGUGGCACAGGUGAUGCUCAGAACAUCAGUGUAUUUGACGCUGUCCGUGUACUGUGGCUGCUGUGUGCUGGCUGGCAUUGCGGCCUUGAUCCUGCCCAUUGAAACGCUAGGCCGAGGUCUGCAGGAGUCCAGUCUUGACCAGGAGGCCGGAGGACAGGCAGACAACACAAGCAGUCAGGAUCCACGGUCCUAGGACAGGGUUUAGGUUGACCAGGACAAACGCAAAUAGAAGAGGAAGAGGAAGGAUGUGUUGGUCGCCUCGCAGCCUGCGCCGUGAUGUGGCUGUUGUCUCUUCAACUGUGGGCUAAAUCAUCUGAGCGAUGAUGGGUGAAGAGCAGAGCGGGACAAUCACAUUACAAGCAGCCGGUGAUAAUCAAGGGUGGACCUACUGCCCACGUCAGGCGACCGGAAGCACAUUGGUGCUCGGUUUGUUUAUGCUCUCCCCCCAUUUCAGUCAUGAGGACAAGCAAGGGACAUUUUGGGGGGGAAAUGACGCACUGUGAAGGCUCUGCUUUGAGCUACACAUUUUAAGAUUUUGCCCUGAAGAAGCUGUAAAGUUUAUUUAGUAAUAUUCCGAUAAAAGAAUAUUGGUUUAUAUUUAUUUUGUAUGUAUGCCUUUUGUAUAUUAAAGUUGUUCAG